AUGGUUUUGGUUGUCUUUUUAUAUCAGAAUUUUCAGCAGCUUGGUCUUUCACAGACAAAAUUUUUCAUCAAAAAUUAUCAAGCAAAUGGCACCUCUAAGUCUAGUUGUCGUUUGUAUGCAAUGCAAACAGGGAUGAAGAUUGAUAGUAAAACUCCAGAGUGUCGUAAAUUUUUAUCCAAACUUAUGGAUCAGUUGGAAGCUAUGAAAAAGCAAUUUGGUGAUAAUGAAGCAAUUACUCAGGAAAUUGUUGGUUCUGCUCAUGUGGAGAAUUAUGCUUUGAAAAUGUUUUUGUAUGCAGACAAUGAAGACAGAGCUGGGCAAUUUCAUAAAAAUAUGAUCAAGUCCUUUUAUACUGCAAGUCUCCUGAUAGAUGUCCUAACAGUAUUUGGGGAGCUCUCUGAAGAGAAUGCCCAGCACAGGAAGUAUGCCAGGUGGAAGGCAGCGUAUAUUCAUAACUGCUUGAAAAAUGGAGAGACUCCUCAGCCUGGGCCUAUUGGAAUGGAAGGAGAGAGCUUCGCAGAUGUUGAAAGGGAAGAAGCAGGGUCAUCUUCUCUCCAUAGUGGAACAACUCAACCAUCAUCAUCUACAGAUGAAGCUAACAACACACCAGCUAGUAAUUACAGUGGCAUACAUAUACCACCAGGUGCCCAUGCACCAGCCAACACUCCAGCUGAAGUACCUCAUAACACAGGAGUGACAAGUAACACCAUUCAGCCUGCUCCUCAGAAUAUCCCUGUAGUUGAUCCUUCCCUUUACAGUGCUCAGUCUGCAGGUAAGGUGGUGGCAUUUGUAUUGUCU